GACUUUCAUGUUCAUAAAUUUCUUAAAAAAUAGAUUUUUAAUGAUACAGCUAAAACUAUUUUUUCCCUGUGCAAUAUCAAUGGAUAGUUAUCAGGCUUAUUUCUUCAUUCCAGGUUUCUAUUUAGAUUUUUCCUGGUCUGAAAAUUAACUCGAUGGGUGUGGGGUGUGUUUAGGGACGGAAAGCUUCGGUAUUUUAUUUUAUUUUUUUUUAUGAGAAUUUCAAUGAGCCUCACAGGCAGCAGAAUGCUCUAAAUAUUAUAAAUAGCUCCUUAAAACAAAAUACUGCCAGGUUUUCUUCAACGAGAAAUAAAACAUGCUGAAAUAAAACAUUUUACACUUUUGCAAAAAAAAAAGAAGAAAAAAUAAGUAAUUAUAAUAAGUUAUGUUUAUAUAGUGCCUUUUUCAAACUCAAGGUCACUUUAGAUCGGUCAAGAAAGCAAAACAAAGAAAAGAGAACACAUUAAAAAAAGUUGGUAAAGCAUGGUAAGGUUAUGCAGUGGUGGAAGAGGAAAAGUGUUCAUGAAACAGAAAGGUUUUGAGAUGUAAUUUGAAGAAAGGAAGGGAAGAGCAAUCAUGGAGGGGUUGAGGGAGGGAAUUCCAGAGCUUGGGGGCCAUGGCGCUGAAGGACCUGCCACCUUGGGUAGAGAGUCUGGUGCCGGGGGCAGCGAGGAAAUUAUAGCAAGAGGAUCUGAGCAGUGUUGUAGUCGAGUCACUAAACCUUGAGUCCGAGUCCAGUCUCGAGUCCCCAGUGUUCAAGUCCAAGUCAUUAAAGAAAAUUUCAAGUCGAGUCCGAGUCAAGUCUGAGAACAAGACUCCACCCACACUAUUUGACGGUGUCUGUUGCUGCCUUUAUGUGAAAGCCGUUGGACUAACGUUCCUGCUCGACUGCUCCAUUGUAGUUAAUAGGCUACAGAUAAAAAGCUUGUUCAUUGCUCAGCAAGCCGCGCCCACUAUCAACAGGGCAAAUAACAUGAGAGAAGGUUAACACUAGCUAGUUCAUCGGUCAGCGAGCCCCACCCACUAUCAACAGAGCAAUGAACAUAGCGUGUUACGUUCUUCUCUGGGUGUGGUCUUGCCAAAUGACGAUUGAAGUUCGAGGUUGUCCCCGUCGUCUCCUCGAUAGUUCUUCUACACAUGGAACACAUAGCAGUGCAUUUUUUCCCACUGCACGAGAAGUCUGUAUAAACAAAGUGGACAAUCCUUGGGACUUCUCUCCAGGCAUUUUAACGCCAUUAACGUUAGUUUGUUCCUGAACAUGACGUAUGAACAGGUGAAUGUGCAUGCUCUUGCACAACAUUUAGUAUAAAAAGUAAUGUAGAUAAUGCAGUUAGUGCACAAGUCCAAGUCUGAGUCAUCAGUGCUCAAGUCAAGCCAAGACUUGUAGUCAAGUACUACAAGCCUGGAUCUGAGGGAGCGGAAUGAAGUGUAAGGGGUCAGAAGGUCAUGGAUGUUGGGAGGAGCAAGGUUAUGGAGAGCUUUGAAGGUGAGUAGUAAGAUUGUAUAUUUAAUUCUGGACAGAAAAGGUAGCCAGUAAACCUGAGAAAGAAUGGGGUGACAUGAGCAGAUCGUUACAUGAGCAGAUCACUUGGUAUGGGUGAUGAGUCUUGCUGCAGAGUUCUGAACGCAUUGUGGUCUUGGAAGGGAUUUAGUAGAGAGGCCAAUGAGAAGGGAAUUGCAAUAAUCUUGGCAGGACAUAAUGAAGGAGUGAACCAAAGAUCGAGCAUCACGAAUGGAAAGGAAGGGACAAAGGCAGGCAAUGUUCUGGAGGUGGAAGAAAGCAGUCUUGAGCCCGCUUUACACGGGGACGGUCUGAAACAAAAACGCAAAAGUCCGUUUUCGUUCUCACUUUUUUCCGCGUCUACACGACCGUUUUCAAGGAGGAAAUCUGCGUCUAUACGGUGACGCAUAAAUGUGUGGAAUUCAAUUGGAUGUGCAUGCCAGGCGGCUAGGUGGUGCUGUGAAAGACCUCUGCUAUGUCUGCACGCAUGCGCAACGUCUUCCGUCUUGUCUGAUCUGCACCGCGAAAACUUUGACUACUCUGGCUAUGGCUACUCGUGAGGUGAAGAAAAACUUCGUCUGGACAGACGAGGAGGUGGAACUCCUACUUCAAGCCACGUUGGACUACAAAACAGCAAAAACACUAAACGGAAUUGACUGGGAAUCCUGUCAAACCAAAUAUGCAGAUAUAUGGAACUCAUUCAUUGAACAGUACCCGGCUCCCAAAGACGGUGAGACGAGAGGUGAUUACCCUCAUACACCUACCGACAUCACUAAACCCCAAAUUGCUGCAAAGCUGAAAUCAAUACGGAGUAAAUACAGGGAUGCAGUCGAUACACAACGACGGAGUGGCCAUGGUCGGGUUAUAUAUCUAUUUUUUGACUUGUGUAACAACAUAUGGGGUGGUUCGCCAUCCAUCUCAUCUCUAGAAUUCGGAUUGGAGACAGCUGAGAUCAACGACGAUACCUUGAAUGACUCUAGUGAGUCAAGCAAGAGUCAAGCGUGUGUUACAGAAGAAAGUGACAGCCAACAGGCCCAGAGUGUCGAAACCCCCCUCCAAAGACGAAGAGGUCUACUGCAGGCUAAGUUAAAUAGCUACAGAAGUGAAAGGCUCCAGAAAAAAGUUCGUGUGGAUCCAGUCCAGACUGACCUCGACAUAAAGAGGAAGAUUGUAGAUAUUAUGGAGAAGGCUGAGAGAAGCAACAGUGAGAGGCUGGACACAAUUGCAGAGGCUCAUGUCAGAUUGAACAACAGUUUUGAUGUUCUUGUGAGACACUUGUGUCAACCUCGUGCAAACUGUGCCGCCCCUUUCCAGUACAACACAGCGCCAGAACAUUCACACACAACCCCAUCCACAGCCCCAGCAAAUUCAUACCCAGCACCACCAUCCAUGGCCACAGCACAUUCAUACACAGCACCACCAUCCAUUGCCACAGUACAUUCAUACACAGCACCACCAUCCACAGCCCCAGCAAAUUCAUACACAGCACCACCAUCCAUCGCCACAGCACAUUCAUACACAGCACCACCAUCCAUGGCCACAGCACAUUCAUACACAGCACCACCAUCCAUCGCCACAGCACAUUCAUACACAGCACCACCAUCCACAGCCCCAGCAAAUUCAUAGACAGCACCACCAUCCACAGCCCCAGCAAAUUCAUACACAGCACCACCAUCCAUGGCCACAGCACAUUCAUACCCAGCACCACCAUCCAUGGCCACAGCACAUUCAUACACAGCACCACCAUCCAUCGCCACAGCACAUUCAUACACAGCACCACCAUCCACAGCCCCAGCAAAUUCAUACACAGCACCACCAUCCAUGGCCACAGCACAUUCAUACACAGCACCACCAUCCAUGGCCCCAGCAAAUUCAUACCCAGCACCACCAUCCAUGGCCACAGCACAUUCAUAUACAGCACCACCAUCCAUCGCCACAGCACAUUCAUACACAGCACCACCAUCCACAGCCCCAACAAAUUCAUACACAGCACCACCAUCCAUCGCCAUGGCACAUUCAUACACAGCACCACCACCCAUGGCCACAGCACAUUCAUACACAGCACCAACCAUGGCCACAGCACAUUCAUACACACCACAUUUGCACACAGUUAAGCAGAUGGGCCCUGCACCUCAGUCCUACAGACGAUUACUGGAGUGACACUCAGAUGAGGAAGACGUUGAUCUGGUGUCAUAAACAAUUUUUUUUGCACUAUUUUUGUUUAGUACCUGCGUAGUACUUAAGUAAGCACUUUAAGGCUUUUUUUUUCUUAAACAGCAGCCAGAGCCUGACUAGUGGACAGCUGAGUGAUGUGUGCCACUCAGUACGAUAAAAAAGAUCUUGUUUACAUUUUAUUACACUUGUUCCAUACCUGCCUAGUGCUACUGUUUAAGCAUAUAGGCAACUUAUUAUGAUAAAUCUGAUAAUAAACCCAAAAGCAUUUCAUUUUUAUUGUAUUGUUCACACGUGUAGUUUCUGUUCUAUUUACCAGGGUAU